AGUUUCCUCAGUAAAUUCAAAGGACUUACUCGGAGUGGACGAGCCCACAAGGUUCCCUCCCGACUACGCGAGGAUGACACCUCACAGGGAGGUGGAGGGGUCGGGGGAGGAGACCCUAGAGGAGGAGGCGGUGGGGGGAGAGCCCCUAGAGGAGGAGGAGGUGGGGGGAGAGGUAGCCGAGGCAAAAAACUCCGGGCCGUGUCCGAAAUAGGAGGGUCUUCUUCGAUGCCCUCCUAUACAGAGGCACCUUCUGAGUCUGAGGAGGAGGAGUAUGUUCCUGAUGGCGAGGAGGAGGAGGGUGAGGAGGAGGAGGGCGAGGAGGAGGAGGCCGAGGAGGAGGGUGAGGAGGAGGGCGAGGAGGGUGGAGGGGAUGUUGAUCCCGAGUUGUGGGGUGACUUGCCACCGGGUGCUCCGCAGGGGUGGCUGCGUGGUAAUGCCGGACUACCUACACCACCUUCUAUCGAGGAGCACAAGUGGCUCAUUGAACCUGUGGGGACAGAAAACUGGAUCCUUCGCGGAAAGGGCCGUAAACCGAACGGCCUUAUCACUGUCCUGUUGAAGGAGUUUUGGCCUGGCCUAUUCUGCCCGCGGCCAGACAGGGACCCGCAGCUGCGGGUUUUGGCCACGAGCUGGGCCCACUACGAGGCUUGCAGCAACGCGGAGUACGGGACGGACCGCUAA